AUGAGUGGAAGCUACUCAAUGAACGAUGUAAAGGGUGCACUGAAGAGGUGCAAGGAUCAGUUGAGCGUGUGGGCUAAGGCAAAUGGUCCAUAUGGUUUCUUAGCUGGCUUUUACCAAGAUAAUUGGGAUGUGAUAGGUACUGAGGUGGUUUCUGCUGUUAAGGAAGUUCUAUCUUCAAGAAGAGGUGUUGCAGGCAUCAAUGAGACUUUGAUAGCUUUAAUUCCCAAGAAGAAACAUCCUGUUUUGGAUGAGAGGGAAAAUGGAACCUAUAUGGCACUAAAACUGGAUAUGAGCAAGGCCUACAAUAGGAUUGAGUGGGAAUUCUUAGCUGCUUUCAUGAAGAAAAUGGGGUUUGAGGAGGAGUGGUCUGAUAUGAUUAUUCAAUGUGUUGGUUCAGUGAGCUAUUCCUUAUUGAUUAAUGGCUCACCUCAGAAGGUGUUCCACCCAUCAAGAGGCUUAAGACAAGGGGAUCCCCUAUCCCCUUAUCUGUUCAUACUUUGCUCAGAAGUUUUAGGCACAAUGUUGGAUAAGCCUGAGGAGAGAGGCUUAUAUCUGGCUUCCUUUUUGCUAGAGGAUCUUUAUUGGUUGGUCAGGUUGCUGAAUUCUUUUGAAGUAGUUUCGGGACCAAGGUUCAAUAUGGAGAAGACAACUAUUUACUUCAGCAAAAACACUAGAUCAGAUGUAAACGAGGCAAUAUUGUCAGCUGCUAAAUUGAGGGAAACUAGAUCCUAUGAGAAGUACCUGGCAAUUCCAACCUAUUGUAUGAGCAUUUUUAAGCAGCCAAGAGCUAUUUUGAGUGCCAUUAACAAGCUAAUUCAGAAGUUCUGGUGGGGUAGUAGUAGUGAUAGAUCCAAGACACAAUGGUUGCCUUGGAAACAGCUUGGCAAGGCUAAAACUGAAGGGGGACUAGGUUAUCGUGAUUUUGAAGAUUUUAAUGUUGCCUUACUAGCAAAGCAAGAUUGGAGAAUUAUUCAACAGCCUCAUUCUUUAGCUGCAAGAGUUUUAAAAGCUAAGUAUUUCUAUAGAUCUGACUUUCUAAGGGGAAAAGUGGGUAGCAAUGCAUCCUAUUUAUGGAGAAGUUUUAUGGCAGCCAAGCAAGUACUGCAGGAAGGACUAGUGUGGAGAAUAGGUAAUGGAGAAGCUGUGAACAUUUGGCACGACAGAUGGAUUCCUUGUCCAUCCACUUUUAAGGUGCAGUCUCCUUUGAAGGAAGGGUAUGAAGGGCGGCUGGUUAGCACUUUGAUUGAUAAGUCAAGUGGAGGUUGGAAUAUUCCACUGCUGAGAGAACUUUUUGUAGUUGAAGAAGUGGCAAUUAUUAGCCUCUUAGCAUAA